AUGCAAGCAGGGACCACCUAUGAUAAAAUGCAGGCACGACAUCUGCGACCCUCACCCGAUAAGGGCCUGAACCUCCUGAACCUCUGUCAUUCCAGUCAUAUCCCAGAAUUGUUACUUUCACCUCAUUUUCUGGCUAGUCGUUGUGGUCGUAGAAUCAACAGGCAGAACAACACGCUGGUACUACCACAUGUGACGACUCCCCUGAAACGCCCCUUGCCUGAUACAACCUAUCCCAUUGCGCCCUCAACUUCGAUGCAAGCCAGGAGCAUGUUUACACCGCCCACAAGCCCCUUCACCGCCCACAAGCCACACCGCCCACAAAACCCUUCACCGCCCACAAGCCCUUCACCGCCCACAAAACCCCUUCACCGCUCACAAGCCCCUUCACCGCCCACAAGCCACUUCAGCGCCCCAACCCCCCUCACUGCCCACAAGCCCCUUCAACCGCUUCACAAGCCCCUUCACCGCCCACAAGCUCCCUCACCCAGAGACCAAGCCAGACGUCAUAUUGCUUAA